CGGUAGAAAGUCACAGCUGAGCUGCUCAGUCCGCCAGUGUGAGCCGGCGAGUGCGUAGUGUGAUCGUGCGUGCGUGCGUGACAUGUGACAGUGAGUGACUCGUGACUAACAAGAUGAAGAUGGAAUCUGCCCACGAGCGCCCCGCCAGUCUCUACGACAACCUCAGACCUGGGGGGAGUCUCCACAGCAGCGGCGCCUUGUCUGUGGGCAACCUGACGACGGUGGGCACCAACAACUCGCCCUACCACCCCUCCGUGCCCAUGGACCGGCUGAAGAGUCCCUCCCAGGCCAACUGUCUCAGCACCACGGUCCCGCAGAACAUCGCCGCCCCCGCCAUCUCCGGCAGACACACUCCCACCCGCAACUCGCUCCGGCACAGUCGCAUGAUCGUGCUCUCCAGGAACGGCACAGUGCCCAGGAAGUACCUACCACCGAUCCUGUACCACCACAAGCUAGCUAAGGGGCUGGCAGGGCUCCAGACUUUGGUAGGAGCUGCCGUAGUCACUGUCUCCAGCUGGAUAUACAUAUAUUCUCCAAGCCUCAGCUUCCGGGACAUACCAUUCUGGAGUGGACUUCCGCUUCUUCUGUCCGGACUAUUAGGACUACUUCUGCUCUGCUGCUGUCGAAAAGAUUAUCCUGGUUACCCACUGUCAUGUUGUGUGUUUAGUUUUAAGGUGACAAGUCUCACAGUAUCUGUGAUCGCCGGCGUGGGAUGUUUCUGUGCAGUGAUGUUCGCUGUGAUACAUCUGCUCUCCCUGCAGAAGAUGGUGUGUGAGGCAGAGCUUGACGUCUGCAUAUGCCGCACCAACAACACAAGCUACCUGGAGGAGCGGCCUUACCCCGACCUCAGCUGUCCUGAGGUAGAGAAUAUGCUGACACUCCUCCUCGUCACCUCGGCCUCGGUCAACUGCCUAGGCGGCAUCCUAGUCGCAUGGUACCUCUACCUGCACUGGAGCAGCAGAUACUCUUACGUCUACUCCCAAGUGCGAACGAACGAGAUAAACAGGCCUAUGGUCAUCACCAACAAACUUUGACCUUUCAAGACUGAAUGCUGUAAAUAAUGUGUACUUAAAUAAAUGUAAUUAAUUGUGUUUUAUACUA